AGUAAAGUUAACUUGGGUUGUUUAGAUAAACUGAUGGGGGAGGAGGAUGUGUUGAUAAGGCAAGGGAGAUCUCUGGUUGAGACUCCCACUUAUUCUGUAGCUACGGUCAUUACAGUCUUGGUUUUUGUUUGCUUUCUCUUUCAACGCUCCAUCUACAGAUUUGGAAAGUGGUUGGAGAAAACAAGGAGGAAGGCUCUGUUUGUUUCUCUGGAGAAGAUUAAGGAAGAGCUGAUGCUGCUUGGGCUUAUAUCUCUGCUCCUGGCACAAUGUGCGCGGUGGAUAUCUGAGAUCUGCGUGAAUUCAUCUCUUUUCAACAGCAAAUUCUAUCUUUGUUCUGAGGAGGAUUAUGGCAUCACUCGGAAAGUCUUGUUUGAAAAUCCAUCCCCUUUCCUGAAUGAGAGCCAUAUUCCACCCAAAAGAAUAACUACUCAAAUAUCUCAUCAAUGUGGUGAGGGUCGGGAACCAUUCGUCUCCCUAGAGGGUCUUGAGCAGCUCCACCGAUUCUUAUUUGUUCUCGGCAUCACUCAUGUCCUGUACAGUUGCUUGACAGUUGGUCUGGCUAUGAGCAAGAUUUACAGUUGGAGGAAAUGGGAAAAUCAGACGAACUUAGUGGCUGAUGGGAAUUUACAAGCAACGAAAAACAAGGUGAUGAGGCGGCAAUCCACCUUUGUUUUCCAACACACAUCUCAUCCAUGGAGCAGGAGUCGAGUUCUCAUUUGGAUGCUUUGCUUCUUUCGACAAUUUAAGAGCUCUGUAAAGAAAUCAGAUUACUUGGCAUUACGAUUGGGUUUCAUCACUAAGCACAAACUGCCAAUUUCUUAUGACUUCCAUAAAUAUAUGGUCCGCAGUAUGGAAGAUGAGUUUCAUGGAAUCUUGGGGAUCAGCUGGCCACUUUGGGGAUAUGCAAUAAUUUGUAUCUUCAUCAAUAUCCAUGGUUUAAAUAUUUACUUUUGGCUUUCCUUCAUUCCUGCUAUUCUUGUGAUGUUGGUUGGAACAAAACUUCAGCAUGUUGUUUCAACGUUAGCACUUGAGAUAGGGGAACAAACAGGUCCAUCCAUUGGGAAUCAAGUAAAGCCUCGAGAUGGUCUUUUUUGGUUUGGUAAACCAGACAUAUCGUUGAGGUUGAUACAAUUUAUCAUAUUUCAGAAUGCUUUUGAGAUGGCAACCUUUAUCUGGUCCUUGUGGGGAUUCAAGAAAAGAUCGUGCUUCAUGAAAAACCAUCUCAUGAUAAUUGCUCGAUUAGCUUCUGGGGUUCUAGUUCAGUUCUGGUGUAGCUACAGCACAGUGCCCUUGAAUGUCAUUAUUACACAGAUGGGAUCACGGUUUAAGAAGGCAUUGGUUGCUGAGAGUGUUAGAGAUUCUCUGCACAGCUGGUGCAAGAGGGUGAAGGAGAGGUCUAAACGCGACUCGGCAGCACUCUCAGUUGCUACAAGAUCAGUGUGUUCACUAGACACAACGAUCGACGAGCAGGAUGAAAUCACAGUGGCAUCCGGGACUCUAUCGCGGUCCUCUUCCCUAGGUUCUUUGAAUGAGGUAACUGUAGCCCCACCUCAUGAACAAGAAGAGGCAGAAGAAGAUGCUGAGACCUCAGAUCCACACCAGGAUCAUCACCAACUUUCACUGAGGAUAGAAGAGUACUUGAAUGAUACUGCAUUGCAGCCUCCACCGAUUAUCGAUGAAGAGGGUGAUGAUUUGGGCGAUGAAGAGGGAUCAAGAGCAGAGACUCUUAUAGAAUUAUUUCAAAGGACUUGAUUAUUUUUAAGACAGCUUUGUUCAUGGAAGCUUCAUCGUCCAAAAUUAUGUUACCACUCGUCUAUGAGCCUGACAAACGUUUCCUUGAACUGCCAAAACAUGUUUUUAUGUAGUCACUAACUGGUUUUUUUCUCCCACGCGAGAUGCAAUUUUUUGUGCGUGUGUUUUUUUUUCUUUUUUUGUACGAAAACAUAUUUUUUAUUAUUAGUAGUAUUGUUUUUUAAAUAAAA